ACGGGCGGUCGUGUACUUCGGAUGCGUGAAAAAGCGCAGAUCUUAAAUAAAGUGCAGCGGGAUAAAUACAUACAAUCAUUUGAUUUAUAUGUAGAAAGCCAGGGCACUUGGAGUUCUGGCGAAAGUGCGUUUUGAAUAAAGUGCGUGCCGCUGGAUGAAUUCUACGCGAAUUUUCGCUGGCAAAAAUCGCCACACUAUCGCAGAGGUUUUUAUAUAAGAGGCAAGCGGGCAUUAUUUUUAAUUUAGCUGUUGAUAUUAUGCAUAAAGCGAAGAGAGAAAACAAACAUCAAAACAGAAUAGAAUCAGCGAAGCCGGGAGAGGGCCGAGAAGAAUUCUACGGCCUGGUUCUAAAAAUCUUUUUCUUCAAAUUCCGCCCGUGUGUGUACGUGUCAAAAUAUUUAUGCGAGACCACACGCUCGGCGGAUUAUUUGUUUGGUGAAAUUCCACUGGCCGCCCUGCAGUAGGAGUCCCAUUUUCCCCGUUUACCAGGAAGCGAAAACCAAAUCCCGAUUCGGCCGACCAAUUAAUCUCUUAAUUUACUUUAGCUGCGUGCAGGCACAGCAACAAAAGAUACAUGAAUUGAGAUACUAGCGCGUAUAGAAUAAAGGAAUCCCACAGAUAUAGAAAUGAUUUCCUUUGGUGUUUCAGUUGCUGCUGCUGCUGCUGCUGCUGCUGCUGCUGUCGCUAUAAAUAUUUACAACGCCCGCCUUGUGUACAAAGUGUAAAUAUGUAGAUACAAUCUGGUGGAUACAUUCGCGUACAUAAACCGUUUCAAUUGUUUUAUUGGCCCGCCCAUGGACAAAGCUUCGCGGAAUCGAAAGUGAAUCGAGUGAUAUGCACUGACCAGUAAACAGAUCUGCGAGUUUGAAGUACAUUUCCGCAGCGAGGGGCUCCCAUGUAAACAGCCAAAAUGUCGAAGAAGCCACGUGGACACAUUCACAAGAUCCGAGAGUUCGAAUUGGAGAAGAUCCAGCUUGUGGAUGAGUUUGAUAUCAUACAGAUCGUUGGCGAAGGAUGGUUCGGCAAGAUCUUGCUGGUGGAGCAUCGGGGCUCACAGACCGAGAUGGUCCUCAAGGCGGUGCCCAAGCCGUAUGUGACCCUUCGGGACUUCUACCGGGAGUUCCACUACGGACUCCAUUUGGGCGUUCACCGGCACAUUGUGACCACCUACGAUGUGGCCUUCGAGACGGCCGGAUUCUACGUUUUCACCCAGGAAUAUGCUCCCCUAGGGGAUCUCACGUCGAACGUGACCGACUCGGGUGUGGGCGAAGUUUACAGCAAGCGUGUGGCCAAGCAAUUGGCCUCGGCCAUUGACUACAUGCAUUCAAAAGACAUAGUGCACCGAGACAUAAAGUUGGAUAAUGUGCUCAUCUACCGCUCGGACUUUCAGCGCAUAAAGCUCUGCGAUUUUGGCGAGUCCUUUCCCACAGGCUCCACUGUGGAGCGCCGCAACGAGUGGCUGCCCUACAGUCCGCCUGAAGUAUUAGAAAUCAAACCCGAGGGCAGUUACAAAGCCGAUCCCAGCCACGACGUCUGGCAGUUUGGCAUUGUGAUUUUUGUGUGCCUAACUGGGUGUCUGCCCUGGCAGAAGGCUGCCUCCGAUGAUCCCCGAUACGUGAGGUACUUGGCCUGGCAGGGAGGCCUGAUGAUGAUGCCCCUGCGCCGAACCCCUCGACUCUUCAAGCUCCUCACCUCGAAUGCCCAGCGCAUGUUCAAGCGCUUCUUCGCCAGGAUCUCCAACCGACCGAAGAGCCUGGCCGAUGUCACCAAGUUCCUAGACGACCGCUGGCUGGCCAAGACCGCCCAGAAGGAGAUGGCCGAGUACGAGACCGACGAGCUGUGCCCCUCCAUGUACUCCUUCCACAGCAGCCCGGACGAGAAGAACAAGCUGCUCUACACGCUAGCCGACUGCGGGAUCGAGACCAACGUGGACCGCCAGCAGAAGAAGAACCGCAUCAAAGACUGGAUAGAGUCGUCCAUCAUCACGGAGGAGGAUGAGGAGGAGAACGAGGAGACUAACUCCGCGUCCCCAUCCUCAUCAGUCUCUCGGGAGCCCCUGCCCGGCCACAUCUCCUCCCUGCGCAAGCCAGCGAGCCAGACGGACAGCGCCAAGGAGAUCAACAGCACCCUGAAGGACGCCACCCAGAAGCACUUCGACCCGCGCACGGGGGCCCUGCAGCAGGGACCCAGCGAGAUGGGCCAGGUGGCCAUGUCGUAUUCCAAGUCGGCCAGUCCCUCCUCCAACUACAGCACCACAGCGUCCACACUGAACAACGCCGACAGCCUGCUGACCCUGGGCUCGCGGCAGGAUCUGCUGGCCAGCAACCUGACCAUGUACACCUCAAUGGAGACCGAACUGAACCGUCUAGGUGAGGCUGAUCCUCGGCUGAACCAGCGUUCCCAGAGCAACAAUCCCCUGCUAACCACCUUUGAUGUGAACACCUCUCCCGCCGCCAAGAACUCCAUUGGAGUGGGCACCCGCGGCUCCAGCCGAAGCAUCCUCAAGUCCUCCAUCGCCACCGCCGCUUUUCCCGCUUUGGGAGCUUUUAACCACGGUCAGAGCCACAGCCUGCAGCAGCUGAGCCAGCACCUCCAAACGUCCACCGGCCCCACUCCCAGCAAGAGCUUCUUCCGGCGAUGACAACCCCGCCGGCCAAGUCACUAAUCUUCCUUGCCGCACUUUCAGAGCUUUGCGACGCCCGGCACUCGAGCCAUGCUAAUCUGCCAUAUGCUUCUCAAGUUAAAGACAGUGCCUACGGAUCGGCCGAUGUCAGCGAGGCGGCGGCAGCCGGCAGGAGUCCCGGGCUGAUGAAGGA